AUGGACAUCCUGCCCGUCCCCAGUUACUCGAAACACCCUGUCAUCGAAGUCAGGCUGCUACAGAAGCCAAUACCUUAUGAUGAUCUCCCUUAUCCCACAUACCCUGAACGGCAAGGCUGGCUACCAAGAAGCCUAGAAGAAUGGGAAAGACUCUUCAAGCGCCCGACUCAGGCCCUCUGCGCUUUCUUGGAAGAAUGGUUACUCCUUGUGCCCCUGCCUAUGGCAUUGAAUUGUUUAGUCGAUACAGAGGACGCGAUUAGCUGCAUCGAUCUCGUCGAUGACACCUGUGGAUAUCCUGUAUUCACACUCAAAAAAAUCCAAAAACAGAUACAACAACUCUCAACAUACAAGAUGAGCGAUGUUGUAAUGAUGCGCCCCGAAUCCAUGAACAACUUUUUGGUAGCGGUGAACGAGAAUCGUUUACUUCACAAUGCUCUACUCGACUACGGUGAGCGGUAUGUUGAUAACGACCCAGAUCAUCAAGUGCCGGAGAUACUCUCGAUUGAUGAUUUUAUUCGAUCGAAGAAAGCCCAUGACCCAAGGAGCGAAGAAGUCAUUGUUGCCACAGACUUGAUGCUGGAUCUUAUGGCCAGCAUUCUUGACACCGGAAUGGAAGCAAGAACCUUGGGGCUCGAUCCUGGCUUCCCAAGAUCUUGGGGUUCUCCCUUAUGGAGGUGGAUGUUGCACGAUCGCUGGUGCCCUUCGGACCUUGCCCGCCUUUUUGGACAUUUACCUACGGCUUGCAUCCUUUUCCUAUAUAACAUGGGACCACCGAAGCCAAACGAAGAUCAUCCCAUGAUCCGCAUCACAAAGCCCGGCACUUCACUGCAACUUUCGAGGGGUACCUCGGAUUCUCGUCGUUCCUUGUGUACUGUGUUCAAAUGUGCCCACAGACAGCUCAUAGAGGACGAGUACGAAAGAAAACAUGUCGAGGGAUGCCAGGGAUGUCAGGAUGUGGCUGCAGAUCCUGAAGACCUGCAUCGUAUCAUCGAGAGGGGAAAGAUUCCUCUGAUCUUGUCUAUCGAUGAGGAAGAUUCAAGUGAAACGGUGGUCUUCAUCGAAGCUGAACCUGAUAUUGCAUACGUUGCUAUAUCACACGUCUGGUCUGAUGGACUAGGCAAUCCCCAACGGAAUGCGCUUCCUCGCUGCCAACUCCUUCGGUUAAGCAAACUGAUCCGAAACCUCCCAGGCCAACACCAGAAUAUCAUUCUCUUCUGGUGCGAUACACUUUGCAUCCCACCUGACUCGGCAGGAGCAUCUGAUACACAAGCCCUCGCUAUAGGCCAAAUGCGCAACAUAUAUUUUGACGCAUCAGCAGUUCUUGUUCUUGACUCUUCAUUAUAUAACUACACCAUCAGGGAAAGAAGUUAUCAUGAGAUUCUCUUCAAGAUAAUAUCCUGUAGCUGGAAUACGCGCCUCUGGACAUACCAAGAAGGGGCUCUGGCAAAGUCGUUGAUUUUUCAGUUCAGCGACAUGCCGUAUGACCUCGACGUCAAUAUUUCCUGCUUACAGCAAUCGGGAAGCCCGAUUGAGCGAGCCUGUCUUGAUUUCGCGCUGUUCAGCCAAUACACUUCUCUUCGAGGCUUCAGAAAGCUCCAGUCUCAACAUGAGAGACUUGAGGCUGCUUCCGUGGCUUUCUGCUAUCGCACUACAAGUGUCGAAACCGAUGAAGCAUUGUGUCUUGCUACCCUAUUGGAUCUCAAUGCUACAGAAAUUGCACAUACACAACCAGAAUUGCGAAUGGCUAAAUUGUGGAAUAUGAUGCCAAAGAUUCCCUCUGAUAUCCUCUUUCAGAAUCUCGCUUGCCUUCCAGAUGCAGGUCUCAGUUGGGCACCUCGUACAUUCCUAGCAUCACGUUUGAACGCAUAUGGUAAUGGAACGCCACUAUCACCCGUCUCACUUGAAAGCCAAGAUGGACGUCUAGCCAGUCUGAGCGGCUCAGGUCUUCUCGUGGAGUACCAGGGCUUUUGCUUUUGUAUCGGAGACUCCGGGUUUGGGUCAUUCUUUUAUCUAAGAAUCGAGCAAGACUGGUUCUACGUCCAUUGCGGAGUCAAGGAUUUAAGAGUUUGGGGUUACCGCAACUACGGUAUUAUUACUUCAUUCGACCCCAACCUUCUUCGGGAAUAUACAUCGCUGGAAGUACUCAACGAUAGAUCCAAAGGUGUUUUAGUUGGUAUUACGGAUGUUAUUCACAGUGAUACAGGCAACCCUGUCUAUCUGUGUCAGAAGUUAGCAACGUGUAUAGUGGAAAAGUCGACUGCACCAGGCUUUGCUCGUGGUAGAUAUAUUUAUAAGGGUUUUAGAGGAUAUAGUAGACGCGACCCUAUGCGAUUUUUAGCAGGGGAUGCUAAGCAAACUCCUUAUAGCCAACUCUGGCAGAUUAGUUAA